AUGGACUCGAGUCUGAGGCACGCAUCCACGUCCGAAGAAAGCUCUACGAGUCAAUCUAAAAUUUACGGUGCAAGUGAGGAGGCAGCUGUCUCCCAAAAGCCGGUGUCCGCGUCGUAUGAGGAGACCCACAUGCCAGACAAGAAGGAUUCGACGGCAGACGUGAAGGACAGCGUUGAAGACACGCCGCGCCCGGACCCGCGUGAACCACUGCCAAGGCGAGCAUCGCUAGACCAGCACGUGUCCAAGGGCGAAGUGAUUCGGACCGAGACACCAGCUUGCUCUUUGUACGGCGUGGCUGCCGAUGAUGCUGCAAGCGUCGAAGAUGCCCUGAGUGCCAAGAAGGACGCUCCUCAGGCAACUGAGGACAUUGCCGAGCAGCCUCAGGUCGACCCACGCGAGCCACUGAGCAAACGUGCCUCGAUAGACAAGAGCGUGUCCCUCGGCAUGAUCAUCCCCACGAAGCACCCGCCUCACCCUCCCCUCAAUGCCAUUACCGAAGCUAUCGUCACAAAUGUGAGUGCACUUCCAAUUCCGGAGAACACAGGCGCUCUUGGUGCCACGGCGCAAACGCUCCGAGGAGUCGAAGACAUUGCGGAGGUGCCGUACGUCGACCCUCGCGAGCCCAUGAGUCAACGGGCCUCGAUAGACCUGAGCGUCUCUCGCGGCGAGGUCAUCCCCACCAAGCCGGCGCCUCACUCACCCAUCAGGACCGAGCCCUCUACUGAUGUCGGCUAUAAAGACGCUACCGGUGUUGACAUCGCCGUGGAGUGGCCCGUCGACCCCAGGGAGCCGCUGAGCAAGCGCGCAUCGAUCGACCGAAGCAUCUCCUCGGGCGUGGUGAUACCAACCAAGCCCGCGGUCCACUCUCCACUCAAGAUCAUCUCCGGAGUCAGUGUCACCAAAAUAAGCCUGCUUCUAAAUUAACCGACGAAUGAUAAUAA